UUCUAUUCAUAUGCCAAAUGAAGGGGCGACACAGACUGCGGAAGUUACGUGUCGUGUUUAGAAAGGAUUUGUUACCUUUAAUACAAAGAGUCGAUUCUCACGCGCGCGCACACAUACAAAAUAGUUUUAUUAGUGUUGCAUAGAUUCCAGAGGGCGCAGCCGCACCGCGUCCGCAGCUGGUCCGCAGCAUUCGUACGGUAGCAUUCGCUAGCUUGUGGGUGGUGAGAAGCGUGGUGGUCAAUCGGCGUGCUCGUAUUGUUCUGCAAGCGUAUCUUUUCACUCAUUGGAAUUAUGGGAGACACCAGCGACAGGCUUCCGGAGAUUGAGAAGUCGUCGAAGGACUACUCGUCGCAGAAACACAGUGGCGAGGACAGGACCAUGGCUGAGCUUUUGGAGAAGAACCAGCAACUCGAAAAGCAGAAGGCCGAUCUGCUGGCGCUCGUCAAGAAACAAAUGAAGUUGAUCGACAUAUUGAAGAAGCAGAAGAUACACUUGGAGUCUACGAGGAUCAUCCAAUUCACAGAAGACGAACUGAUACACCUUUUCGGGAUGGACAAGAAGGACCAAAAUCUCUAGAACAUAUAGGACUACACUGCACACAGGCAAAUUCGUGUGUACCUGUGCGACAGGCAUGCAGACCAGGGACCAAGUACAUGUAUUUGCAGUAGAUUACAAGUAUUGCAGAUAGGUAGCAAAAACACUGUGUUGCUUUCAUGCCAAUAUUUUUAUGUAUGCUGCUCUUAGCCUCUUCUACUACCUGCUUGUGAAUUAGGCCAGAACAUGCUAGUGCGAAAAAGCUGUAUGUCCUUGGCUCAUGACAACUUAUCAGUGCACGGGCUACUGAUUUGAAAACAAAGCUCAUUGGAAGGAAGUUUGAUAGCACAAGUCAGAAGACUGAUCAUGUGAUGAUACAAAGGCACUUUCGUGCACUUGAAAGCUGUUAAACUUUUUGUGACAAGCACAUAAAUUCUGAAUUGUUUCUGAAUAUGUUUACAGACAUUACCAUGGUCAGAAUGGAUUACAUUUAAGUUUACUGAUGACGCACACCUUAAAGUUAUGCCCAAUGUUCUUACUUCUAACUUUAGCAUUGAGAAUUUUAUCCACCAGGAUAAAGAAAACAUGCACACUACUGGAAACUUUCGAACUCCUAUAAUCCACGGUUUUAUCUAUUUCACAAAGCUGAAAUUCUAAGCAGGGACGCAUAUGUUUCAUCU